AUGGAAUCAGACAUAUUUGAAUACAUGUCAUUCUCUGUUGUGUUGGAGAAGAACUUUUCCAACCUAUAUGAUGCUGAUGAGAUCAUUGGAGCUGGCUGCUAUGGUGUGGUGGUGAAGGCCUACCACCGUCUCACAGACAGGGAGGUGGCAGUGAAAAUGCUGGAGAAAGAAGGGCGCCUGAGCCUGGUGGAAAAUGAGGUGGACAUUUUAAAAACUCUCCAUCACCCCCAUGUGAUCAGAAUGUACCAAGUGAUUGAGGGAGAGAAAUACAUACACCUGGUGCUGGAAAUGGCCACCAGAGGAAACCUCCUGGUGUGGCUCAUAGACUUACACCGCCGCCUUUUUGAGGAUGAAGCCAGGAGGUUUCUGAAGCAGAUAGUCAGUGCUGUAGUUUACUUACACAAGAACAGGAUCGCACACCGCGAUCUAAAGCCUGACAACAUCCUCCUGGAUGAACACAGUAAUGCCAAGGUUGGCGACUUGGGGCUGAGUGUCAGGAUCGCCCCGGGGCAGUUGCUCACAGAAAAGUGUGGUGCCUUCAUAUUCCGUGCCCCUGAAAUGUAUCUGCAGCAAGAAUAUGAUGGUUUCAAGGUGGAUCUCUGGGGCCUGGGCACUAUCUUGUUUUUCAUGGUUACAGGAAAACCCCCCUUUAAAAUGACCACUUUCAAACAGCUUAGUACACAAAUUGUACAGGGCAGGUACACUAUCCCAUUUCACCUGACUGCAAAAGGACUUAGCAUCCUUUUGAAGCUCCUAACUGUAGACCCGCAGCAGAGGCCGGAUAUAGAACAAAUCAUGGUGCACCCAUGGUUUGAUCGAGUUGAAGAAGGCUCCCUGUAUCCAGAAGAGCCACUGCCUGACAAGUUAGACACAACAAUUGUCACAGCUAUGUGUGCCAUGGGAUACACUGAAUCUCAGAUCUGCGAAUCAGUAAUGCAGAGAGCUUAUGAUGAAGUGAUGGCUACCUAUUGUUUCAUAAAAGAUGGCCUAAAGCAAGGGAGUGUCAGCCCUCUCCCUGUUAAAUCAGUGCACUCUGGUGUUGGACCAUAUCCAACUCCCACAAACCUUUCCACCUUCCCUCUAAAGAGGAGUGCAAGUUUACCUGCUCUGCUUCAUUGUCUGCCAUUACUAUCUGAGUUUAUGCAGACCUGCCAUGAGAAGCAGAAGAGACACAGAAGUGUCUCCCUGCCUGCCAUUCCCCUCUGCUUGAUGCAGAGUAGCUCCAGUCCCAGCAUCAGCUCCCUGUAUGACUCAGUGUCUGCCCUUCACUGCUGCUGCCUCCCAAAGAGCCAGGAGGAGACAGGAAGUUGUAAAGCAAAAGCAGAAGCCCUGCCCAGCUCUGCACAGCUCCAGGAUGAGAGCAGAGUCUGCAGCAUUAUCAAGAGUCAGGGCUGCAAUGAGCCUGGAAUGGAAUCUAGGAGAUAUGCUUGGUAUGGUAGUAAGGAACUGCCAGAAGAGGCUGCAGAGAAAGUUUUAGUGCUUCCAGCAUGCUCAGCAAAGAACUCUGGGUGCUCUUGCUUUGGGAACAGAGACAACACAUCAGAGGACGAUGUCCUUCCCUUUGAGCAGCCUCAGAAUGAUAGCAGAGACUCUAGCUCCAGAAGAAAGCGGAGCAAGAAGGGUGUGGUUAGCAGAAUAUUUACUGCUUUUUGCAGAUUGUGCUGCUGUCUGUGGACCCAGGAACAGAGCAGUUCCAGAGAUGGCAGUGAAGAGCCCUGA